AUGGAGCUUUCGGAGAACAAGAAGCGAAUGGCCAGGGGCGAGCUCUACCAUGCAUUCACGCCUGAACUUGUAGCCGAGCGAGCAAGGUGCAAACAUGCCUGGACUAGGUACAACAACGCUGGCGACGUGCCACGAAGGAAACUUACCGAGCUGUUCAGAGAUGUCAUCCAGGAUAAGACACCUCUACCACCACAAGCACAAACAGCAGAGGAAGACGACAAGCUUUUCGAAAAUGACCCAUGGAUCGAGCCGCCAAUGGCAAUGGACUACGGCUACAACGUUCGUCUUGGCGAAAACGUCUUUAUCAACUUCAAUUCCGUUUUCUUGGAUACUUGUCUGAUCACCAUCGGCUCGCGUACGCUUGUGGGCCCAAAUUGUAGCUUCUAUUCCGGCACCCAUCCUCUUGACCCUGCCGUUCGCAACGGCACUCAGGGUCCAGAGCUCGGCAAGGAAAUCCAUGUUGGAGAAGACUGUUGGAUUGGAGGAAAUGUAUGCAUAUUGCCAGGAGUCACGAUUGGAAAAGGCAGCGUUGUCGGCGCCGGCAGCGUUGUUACAAAGAGUGUUCCCGACUUUACAGUAGUCGCGGGAAAUCCUGCCAAGUUUAUUCGCAAGAUUGAGACGAGCAUGGAUCCCGCACAAAACAGGACGCUAUAA